GGACACAAAAACGCAUAUAUACAUCAGUUUACAAUAAAACACAGGAAAUCAACAAUAAAAAAAAAAAGCAAAAGAAACAAAGGAACUUUACACAGUGACAAGUGACAUAAUAUUCGAUAAUGAGCAAGGUUACUAAAAGAAGGAAUUAUCGUAAACGAGAGACCACGCCAGAGGAGGAAGCAGAUAAAGAUUCUUCAUCGGGUCUUGCCCCUUCCCCCUCUUCCUCUUCGUCUGGCGCUACAGGAGACGCAGCGACGAAUAGGGAAGCUGAGAAAGAGGGACUUACGUUGGAAGAGUUACUGGAGCUUCGUAAACUUCGUCAACGCCCAGCAGGAAUUGCGGCAACAGAUCUUCUUAUUGGCGAUACAACAGAGAAGAAGAAGAAGAAGGAUAAAAUAGUGGCUACUGAUCCUUGGAAGCUCUCUUCAACUGGCCGUUUAGUUGACCACCAGGACGACAGUGAACAAAAGUCUACAGGAAUUUUAAAUUCUUUUACUAAGCAAACCAAUGCACUGGAUGUUGAUAAACAUAUGAUGAAAUACAUUGAAGAAGAGAUGAGGAGGCGCAAGGGCGAAAAUGCAACAUUAGAUGAAAAUACUGAAGAACAAAACCGUACUUAUAAUGGCGACGCUGAUAUCUUGGAUGAACUUGGUAUUAAGAAAGCUGCACCUAAGCCUGAGCAGGAAGGAAAUGUUCAACUCUCGACCACAAUGUUAACAGCCAUCCCUGAGGUUGACCUUGGCAUGGAGUCAAGGCUUAAGAACAUUGAAGAGACUGAGAAGGCGAAGCGUAAGCUGUAUGAGGAACGGACAACCACAUCUAUCAAUCCAGAGAGGUUCUCACAACCUGCCUAUAUCCCUUCGGAUCGCGAGCGCAUCUCCCAUCAUCAGCAAAACAAUCGCAGGAACAACAACAAUAACCACUCGGACUCUGCUACAGGAGCAAAUCAUCGCUUCCAGAACACAUAUGGUCAACACAACAGAGGCGGCGUUGGCCGUGGCAUGGCUACAGAUGAUCUUGUGAUGGAACGCUUUAAAAAGCGCAUGAGGCGAUAGCAAAAAGGAAAGAUUUUUGGCACCAAUGCACAAUUUUGUAACCUAAACAGUGUUAUAUUUAUUUUCAGAAAC